AUGUAUUUGACCGAAACAGCUAUACAAAAUUCUUACCUGUCAUUAGCUUAUUCAACUACCUACAAUUACACUAGCGAUUGCAAGUCAAUACUUUCUAGGGAUGAUUUAAACUUCGAUACACGUGUUAACUGCGACGCACGUGAUAUCUGCAACUACGAAGCACGUGAAAAUCACGAUGCGAGUGUUGUCGUGAAGAAAGAAAGGUGUUACAGUAAUAAUGAAGCUGAUUACGAAGACGAUAAUGAAGGUUUUGGAAAUAUUGGAAAAUGUUGUUCUGACUCUUGUUGUUUUGCGUUGGUUGUGCGAAAGCCAACCAGACUUGACGGCCCAGUGAAAACCGGCCAGGGUUGUGCGAAAGCCGACCAACUGACAGACAGGCCCAGUGAAAACAGGCCCUUGGUCGUGCGAAAGCCGACCAGACUCGACGGCCCAGUGAAAACUGGCCAGGGUUGGGCGAAAGCCGACCGACUGACUGACAGGCCCAGUGAAAACAGGCCCUUGGCCGUGCGAAAGCCGAUCAGACUCGACGGCCCAGUGAAAACAGGCCAGGGAGUUGUAUCGACAGCACUAUCGGUUACACACGUCGAGGUUGUACGAUUAAACGGCAAGAAACAUAUCCCAAGUCGAAGACCCAACAAGAAGAAGUUCUAA